UCCUUUAAAUUUUUUAGUUAAUAUUUUUUAGUUAGAAUUGUUAAUAUAGUUAGUGUAUUUAGUCAGUAUACUUAGUGUAGUUAUUGUUUAUUCUUUUAUUGUGUAUUCUAAUUCUCUCAAUUUUUUGGUUUCUCAUUUUUUCAUUUUUUGUCAUUUUUUUUCUUUAAAUUUUUUAGUUAGUAUUUUUAGUUAGUAUUGUUAGUACAGUUAGUAUAUUUAGUCGGUGUUGUUAGCAUAGUUAUUGUUUAUUAGCACAGGUAGUAAUAUUGUUAGUACAGUUAGUAUAUUUAGUCGGUGUAGUUAGCAUAGCUACUGUUUGUUAGCACAGUCGGUAAGCAUAGUUAGCAUCCUCAGUGAGCGUAGUUAGUGGGUCACAUGUCCCACGACUUUUCAGAUGUCCCUGUUGACCAGGAGCCCUACAGUGGCCAUUACGAGCUCCUGCAAACCACUGGCAAGGGCACCUUUUCCAAGGUGGUGCUGGGCCAGCACCUAUUAACAGGGACGAAGGUGACUGUUAAAAUCAUGGAUCAACUGGUCGCCUUCCAAGUUCACAGACCUGUCCUGCGAGAAGUCCACUGCAUGGCGGACUUGCACCACCAUAAUUUCGUCCAACUAUUCCAUAUGAUCAGCACUACGAAAUCCCUCUUCCUAGUCUUAGAACUCGUGCCUGGAGGGGACUUGGUGGACUACCUUUGUGCCUAUGGCUGCAUGCCAGAGGACAAUGCCCGCAGCAUCUUUCAGCAGCUGGUAUCAGCAGUGCAAUACUGCCAUGACAAGGGCAUUGCUCACAGGCACCCGAAUGCACACAGCAUGCUGCUAGACACUCAGAUGAACACUAAAGUGAAAGACUUUGGACUUGGCACAUCCUUCACGGGCCGUCAGUUGAGCACCUUUUGCGGCAGUCCCACGUAUGCAGCCCCGGAACUCUUUCUGGGCCAAAAAUAUCAUGGUCCUGCUGCGGACUUAUGGAGCUUGGGAGUACUGCUGUACAGGACGCUCCUGAACACUGUCCCUUUCAAGGGAAUGAACUGGGGAGACCUGCAAAGGAAGGUACUGAGAGGGAAAUACGUGGUGCCCUCUUGUUUAUCUCUUGAAGUAGAAAACUUCCAAAAAAAACUACUAACACUCAACCCACAGAACAGAAAACAUCUGAAAGACAUGCCACAUACUUGGCUAAACAAGAGCCACGAGGAAGAACUGAAGCCUUACAUUGAUCCACCCAGUGAUGUCACAGAUCCCUGGGUAACAAAAGAAAUGCUGAAUCUGGGCUUUCACUGGGAAGAUAUCAAGGACACGUUGUCAAAGAAAACAUACAAUAAUGUCUUGGCCAAGUACUGUAUCCUAAACACAAAAAAAACAAAAGUCCAGUAUCACACCUUCAAGAUAAAGCCCUUCCAUCCUCCUGAGCUCCAGAGCCCUAGUCUCUCCGCAGCCCAGAAGGUUCAGCCAGAAUGUUCCGGUUUCCAGCAGGCAGAGCAGCAGCCUAUUGACCAUGAAUCAGGGCAGAAGUUUCAAGAGUCCACCAGGCUUUCAGCCAUCCUAGAGUCCAGCACCACAACUUCCAACUGCAAAGUCCAGGACCACCACCCCCAACCCAGCCUGGGCUCCAAGUGCGAUUUCUGAACCCAACCCGGGAUCCAGGACCACAACUCCUGAGCAUAGACUAGGCUCCAGUACCACCACUUCCAAGCUCAGCCCGGAGUCCAGCACCACCAUUCACAAGUCAACCGCUGAGUCCAGGAACACCAUCCUCCCCAACCAACCUUGGCUCCAGGACCAUCAUUUCCAAACCCAGCCCAGGAUCCAGGACUGCCACUCCGGAGCACAGACAGGGUCCAGAACCGCCACUCCUGAGUCCAGCCUGGGCUCCAGAACCACCAUUCCCAAGCCCAGCCUGGACUCCAGGACCGCCAUUCCCAAGCACAUACCUGGGUCCAGGACCACCAUUCCCGAGCCCAGUCCAGGAUCCAGGACCACCACUCCUGAGCACAAACCAGGCUCCAGGACUGCCAUUUGUGAGCAAAGAUCAGGCUCCGAGACCGCCACUCCGGAGCUCAACCCAGAGUCCAGCACCACCAUCCUUAGCCCAGCCCCCCAUUGUCGCCCUGGAGACUAUCCCUCCAGCCACAGCACGUCCAGCAGCAGAGGAAAUCAAUGAGGGCUGGUGAGGGGGUACCUAGGGGUAUUUGAACUUUGUAAGAAAGCUCUGCUGUCUGCCACCCAAGAAGAGCACUGCAAAUGCCGUAAGGUAAAGGCCCUUUAGAUUUUGGAUGCCAAGGCAACCAGACCCCGGGGGGUGGUCAAGCCAGGCGCCCUGCAUUAGAAAUGCUGAACUGGAUGAAGCUGAGGUCCAGAGAGCCCGGCCACGUGGUGGGGGAGAUCGGCCAGAGGCUGGAUAUUAACUGCAGUUGGCAGCAGUGAAAGAAGUACAAACUGUAUGUGCAAGGAGCCCUGGGUGAGAGGACUUGGUCCAGUGGACAGUGGAGGUGUGCAAAGUGUCAUGGCAUUCUCUGCACGGGAUUCACAUCAUGGGUAUCACCAUGGCCUUCAGAAACAGCAUACCCAUAAUCCCCGGUGAGCGUGAAGGACGGCCUGAACCCCCUUUUGCACGUUGUGCCCUCUUGGUCUUCUGUACCCUUGGUUUUAACCCUCAGCUCCUUUGUCCAUUUCUCCUUCAUGGCACAAUGGUGCUGCCUGCUCACAUAGCACACAUGCUGCCUCCUUCCUGUGGGUGAGUUUCUCAGACUGGCUGAGCGAUCUCCUCUGGAACAAAAUGCCACACACUCUGCG